AUGGGGAGGCUAGUGGUUGCCCCCGUCGAUCUAACUCGCCCAAAGCUCCGUAUUCUCGAUAGUGGGACUGCUGAUGGUCGGUGGCUUCUGGAUUUGCAUGCUUCAUUGCCGUUCACAUUAGGACACCAGUAUAUCGGAAUCGACUCCCUCAGCAAGCUGUUCUCGACCAAUCUCCCAACCCAGAUAACUUUGAAAGAACAGCGAAUUGAUGCUACCUGGCCAAUAGAAUGGCAGGGUAGCUUUGACUACGUUCAUCAACGCUUGGUGCUACCAGGAUCGGAGUAUAUUACUCAUCAGGAAACCGUGACAAACCUGUGCCAGCUGGUCAAGCCGGAUGGAUGGAUUGAACUUAUUGAACAGGAUCAUGACACCCCCAAUCCGGGUGGGAUGGUAAAAGCCGAGCAGUUAAUCCGGGACAUAUUUACCCACGCUGGCUGUGGCUAUGACUAUCCCCACAAACUGCGCGAAUACUUGAAGAAUGCUGGAAUGGAGGACGUUAACAUUGAGAUCUUUGAGGUUCCAAUCGGCGUACUUAUUCCUGACCCCGAACUGGCUGCCAAGAGCAUCUGGCAGGUCCGCUCCGCUCUUGAGGGGUUCAUGCCGACUGCCAGAGAGAUUUUAAGGAAAUACAACACUUUGAAUAAUGCUGACCAGGAACACAGGAAUUAA